UGAAAGAGAAAACCUGUGUUGUUCAGUGUUGUGACUUUUUACACUAAUUUUUGCAAUAAUAAUUGUUAAAAAAUUAUAAAUUGUUGAUAAAUCGGUUAAUUAAUUUAUUCUAAACAGAUUGUGAUAUAAAUUAUCAUGAACUUUUGUGAAUUUUGUCCAAAAUUAAUGUCAGAGCUCUUGAAGCUGACAAAGGCAGCUAUUAAUUUGUUAAAUAAUGGACAAAUAACAUAUUGUGCUAUAAAUUGUUGCUGAUAAUUGUGAAAUUUGACAAAAAUUAAUGGACAUGUCAAUGGCGUUAGAGCUGACAAAAGAAAAUCUUUAUUUGGCAAAUAUUGGACAAAUGAUAACAGUAAGUGUGGCUGACACGUCUAAGAUCAAACAUAAUUAUUGAAACUAACACAGAGAAAAUUGCCUAAUUUGGUUUGUCAUUGGAGUCAAAAUCAUUCUGGAGUAAAUUUCACUACAUUUAUUAAUGAGAAAAGUAUUAGUAUUGUUAAUGUAUGUAAAAUAAAAUAUACAAAAGCUUCAAUAAUGAAAAAACUGCAGGAUUCAGAACACCUAAAACAACUAAGUCUGUUUAUAUGUUAAAAUAUGAUAUGAGCAAUACCAAGAUGAUGAUGUUAAUGAUGGAAAUAUGAUAAGGUAUAUUGAUUUUAGUUAGUGUCAUCAAGUGUUUCAAAAAUUAAUCAAAUUAAUUUCAAACCAUUUGUUAAUUUAAUAAUCACAAAAUACUGGCUCAAUUGAACCACCAACAAUGGUUUGUUGUAAAAAUUUAAAAUAUAAUGUUUGUUUAAUAUGUUUCACAUGUGACAUCAACCGUGGCUAUAACAUCUAAUGUGCCAAUCUUAUCGAUCCAACAAAAUUGAUGUAACUGGGACUAAAAAAAUGACUAAAUUGAUUUGUCAAUGAAGCCAAAAUUAUUUGGGAGUAAACCUUUAAAUUUAUUUAUUAUAAAAAACUAUGCAAGAGCUUUAAUUAUGAAGAAAAUAAAAAACUGUGGUCCAAAUGUCUUAUUGGCUCGUGAAGUUUAUUAAACAAAAUUAUCAAAACGAGGACCAAAUAAAAUGACUAAUUUGAUCGGUCAUUUGAUAUCCAAAAUAUCACAUGAUAAACCAUUUGUUAAUUUAACAAAAGAUACUGGUACAUUUGCAUGAAUCUCAUUGUUACAUUAAAAUGAGCAUCGAGACUAUCAACAUGAUAUUAAGCAUCAACAAUCAUGACUCGUAAUAAUGAAAAAUCAUCUCUUUGUUAUCUUCGUUUUUAAGUGCAAUUGGAUUAUAAACAUGUCGUGUCAAUGAAUGCCCCAACAACUCAUAAAUUGUCUAACAAAAAUUUAUUAGCAAAGUUUAUUCAUCUUGAAGUAAAACAAUCAAUAGCAUUACACGAUGCUGGUGUUGCUAAUUUUUAUGAUGCUUUGAUGUACCACUUGUUAUUGAUAAUCAUUUACUUACUUCGGAGCUGUAUCUGUGUUAAUCAAAAAUGUUUUGUGUCCAAAGCUAGUGAUCAUGGUUUAUCAUCGACAAUCAUCAUGAAUGACAUGGCCUUGGUGCAUCUUGAUGACGAGCGUGAGGAGAUGAACAUCUGCUAAAAAGUGUAUUUUUGAGAGUAUAAGAAAAUGUUUGUAAAUGAUUGAAAUGACUGGCGUGUACCUGAUGAUUGAUUGAAACAUAUUGAAGUCUUGGUGGUUUUACUGAUGCAGCUGGUGGUAGCUGGUCCAAGAUAGUUUGUGAGAGAAUGAAAGUAACUUGUGAAUAUUUGAGAUGACUGAAAUGUACCUGGUGAUGAAUCUGAACAUAUUGGUGGUCUUUAUUGUUACAAAUGGUGAUAGUUGAUGGUGGUAACUGAUUGGUGAUGACUGAUUUGAGGUGGUGUAAAAAUGAUGAUGGACCAUUUGAAAACUGGUGGAACAGUUGAACUAGUCUGAUUGUUGAACUUGUUAUGCUGUUGGAGUUAUCAUGAACUACAUGGCGUUGAAGCAUCCUGGUGAUCAGCGUGGGAAGAUGAACAUCCGCUAAAAAGGUAGGAUUUUAUUCAACUUGUUGCAUUGAUAUUGUCUUGAUUGUCUUGUUUUUUAAACUCCAUGAAAGUCUUUGGGGUCAUCUUGCUUUUUUUUUUACUCUAAUUUAUUUAUGUUGUGAUAAUCAUGUUAUUGCUCAAGUGACAUUAUCAUAUCAGUGUGUAUAGAAAGACUUAUGUAUAGUUGCAUUUUAAAUAGUUUAUUAUCUAGCCAACAAUUAACAAUAAUAGUUAGUAUAAAGACUAAAUUACGUGACAAAGUAUAUAAGAUAAUUUGGUGAUCGUGAAAAGUUGUGGUGAAAAGUGUAUUAUAAUUGUGUGUGAUCAUUGAUCCUGUUGCUGGUCAGCGAGAAUCAUCAUGAACUACUACAUGGACUUGGUGCAUCUUGAUGACCAGCGUGGGAAGAUGAACAUCCGCUAAAAAGAUAGCUGUAGAGUAAUUUAUUUUAUCGACAAAAAUGAGCGCGAAUAGGUCACAAGCUAACUAUAAAAAGCCGCCAGAUGGAAUAGUAGCGUCAUGUUACACCUGUAGUGCCGCACGUGUUGUUGCUGUGUGUGCUGAAUUUUGCUGAAUUAUCUGUUAAAAAAAGUGAGUAAUAAUUGUUAAUUAAUAUAUUUAAUCAACUUUAAUCAUCAUUUAAACAUAUUAAUAAUCUCAGUGAAUAAUUAACAAACGUGAAUACUGUGAAAUAUUCGUGUAUUUUAUACGUGAAAUUGUGUCGUUGCAAAAUUUUAUUAUUCCGCCAUGGCACAUGUGUAUACUGUUGCUUCAACCUCUGCUAUAUAGCCUCAAAAAUAAUAUAAUUUUUAACUCAAAAAGUGUUCAAGUGUCAUCAAACAAAUAUUAUAAUUUUAUCUAACAACAUUAAUUUCAUAUUAUCAAUUGUGAGUUUGUAAAUUUGUGCUUAAUUUUGGAUACUCGUUUAUGGUUUUGUGAGAUAUUUUUUUUUCCUUCAUUUGUUGUCACAUAAUGGCUUCUUUGUGUGUUGUGUUUAUAUGUGUGUGAGUGCAUCAACAACGUUCCUUGGCGGCAAAAGAAAAUUUCAACUGCAGAGUCUAUCCUGAUUCUUCAUCUUCUUUUACAAUAUUCAUUUAAUAUUCUACUAGAGCUACAAACAAGAUAGUAAAUUUUUUUCAUGACGAAUUAACUUCAAGGAUAGAGAGACUAAAGUAAAACAAAAUCAAAAUACCAUAAAAUUGACUAAAUUAUUUUAGGUGAAGAAUCAAAAAGACGAAAAAUAAAAUGGAUGUAAUACCUUAUAAUCAGGAGGAACUUGUAGCCAGUAGUAUUGGAUCAAGUAUUGAUGACGAAUCAUUGGAACAAGAUUAUGAUGAUGAAGAACAAAGUAGUGAAAUACCAAGUGAGCCAAUAUCAACAAAUGACAACAACAAUGAAUGUGACAUUGAGUAUAAUGAUAUAUUACCAUUUCGUAAAAGUUUAUUUGCUCAUGUAGCACCUUAUAUUAUAUUUGAAUUAUAUAAUUCAACUGGCCAUAAUAUACCACAGCCAAUAGUAAAAUAUUUAAAAUGGAAAUGGAGUACAAUAACACCACAAUUAGUUAGACGUACUAUUGUUAAUUCUGGUUUUCGUUUAGUUAAAAAAUCAAAUGAUUGGAUUGGUACAUGGGGUAAACAUAUGAAAUCAAAUUUUUUUAAAUUUAUUAAAAAAAAUCAAAAAGUUAAUCAUUUUCCUGGUACAUUUCAAAUUGGACGUAAAGAUAGAUUAUGGAGAAAUUUAGCAAGAUUAAUGUCAAAAUAUGGGAGAAAAGAAUUUAAUUUUGUACCAAAAACAUAUGUAUUACCACAAGAUUUAAAAAAUUUUCGUCAAAUAUGGGAAAAAAAUGGUGGUAAAGAAAAAUGGAUUAUAAAACCACCAGCAUCAGCACGUGGUACUGGUAUACGUGUUGUUAAUAAAUGGUCACAAAUACCAAAAAAAAAACCAUUAAUUGUACAACAAUAUUUAUCAAAACCAUUAUUAAUUGAUGGUGCUAAAUUUGAUUUACGUUUAUAUGUACUUGUUACUAGUUUUAAUCCAUUGAGAAUAUAUAUUUAUCCAGAUGGUCUUGUUAGAUUUGCAUCAGUUAAAUAUAAUGAUGAUAUUAAUAAUAUAAGUGAUAGAUUGAUGCAUUUAACAAAUUAUAGUAUUAAUAAAACAAGUUCAAAUUAUACAAAAAAUAAUUGUGCUGAUUCAUGUCAAGGACAUAAAUGGACAAUUAAAACAUUUUUAUUAUAUCUUAAAAAACAAGGUGUUGAUACUGAUAAAUUAUGGACAUCAAUUAAUGAUAUUGUUGUUAAAACAAUGAUAUCUGGUGAACCAUUUAUAAAUACAUUGAUUAAAAAUAAUACUACAACAAAUUAUACAUGUUAUGAAUUAUUUGGUAUUGAUAUAUUAUUAGAUUCUUCAUUAAAACCAUGGUUACUUGAAGUUAAUAUAUCACCAUCAUUACAAUCAUCAUCAGAACUUGAUACACAUGUUAAAGGACCACUUGUACAAAAUUUAUUAUCAAUGGUUGGUUUUCAAUUACCAAAUUUACCAACUAAUAUUAUUGAAAAACUUGAAAAAUUAUAUAAUUAUCAGCCAGUAUGUCAAAAUGUUAAAUUUGGAAAAGCGUUAUUAACACAACAAGAAAAAAAAAAACAAGCACUAUAUUUUAAUUUAGAUAGAGAAGAUUAUAUUGAUGAUAUUUUAGAUCAUUUAACACCAGAUGAUGUUAGAAAAUUAAUAUCAUAUGAAGAUGAAUUAACACAAGCUGAUAAAUUUCAACGUAUAUUUCCAACAAAAACAACAUUUUCAUAUCUUGAUUAUUUUGAUGUACCAAGAUAUUAUAAUUUAUUAUUUGAUGCUUGGGAAACCAAAUACAGUGAUAAUCGUAAUGAGGGUAUUUUACGAUUGCAAAAACUUUGUCAAGAUAAAUAUCAUAUUUAAUUAUGGAAAAAUAUUCAUCAUCAUUAGAUCAUCAUUUGUCAUAAUAAACAACAAAAAUUUUAAAUUUUUAAAACAAAAUUCUGCCAUAAUAUGUGCCUUGUAAAAAUAAAUUUAUAAAAAUAUUAUAUGACAAUUAUUGUUUUCUCAAUAAAUUAAAAGACACAAAUUUGUAGUAAUUUUUUCUUGUUUUUUUUUUUUUUUUUGAUAAAAUGUUUUAAAUAAUAUUACUAUGCAACAAAUAAUAAUAAUGUUAUGACAAUUUAAUGUCUCUAUUGUAUGUAAUUGAACUGAUGCCAGUCGAGACAUUAAUAACUUGUUUAAAUUAAUAACAAUGGGGUUAGAAGAUGAAGCAAAUAAGGGGAGAUUGAGAUUUUUUUUUUGACUUCCGCCCGGGUUAAAUUUAAUUAUAUUACCAAAACGUACUGUCACUUUAUAAAAACUAGUGUACUUGUUGAAUUUAAAAAGGAAGGAUCUUUCAUAUAUUAAGCCGGAUGUUAUUGAGGUACAUACGUGUACAUAAAUAUUAUUUAUAUAAGCUCUAAAAAUUAAUAUCAUUUCAAUAAAGUCUUGUCGAAAUAAAAUGAAAAUUAUAUUUAAAGAAAAAAAUUAAAUAAAGAGAGUUAAUAUAUUUUUAUAGGCUGUAAUUUGUCGUAUUGAAUAUACCAAAGAGCCAUUUGAAGACAAUGGGCUCGUACGGUAAAUUCAAUGAAUUGAUAUCGUUAUUGUAACAACAUAAUAGACAUAUUUUCUUAUUGAGAUUACAGUCUCGUAUACGUUUAACCGACGUGCCGAUUCUCAGUCGUCUUUUUCAAUGUAUUCAUUCAUAAAAAGAUUUACCGGCUUUUAUUAUUAAUACUCUUGCAUAUAUAUGAUUGUUAAAAAAAAAAAAUUGUAAUCAUAUUUUUUUCAUAUGUUAACAUAUUAUUUUUGUUAAAAAAAAAAAGCUCAAGUAAGUUUUAUCAUUAAAUUUAAGAAUGGAAAUAAAUUAAAUCUUGAUAAAAUAUGUCUCGUGCUGAUAUUUUACAGAGGCAAAAGUGAGGGCGUCUAAAAAGUCAAGGGAGCAACACACUGGUGUAUAUGGAGGUAACAACUUAAUAAACCGUUGGCGCGCGAAAGGCCAGAUUACCAAAAAAUAAAAAUAAGAAAAAGAAGGCGGAUGCUGUUGAUGCAAAAAUAAAAAAUAAAGAGAAGUUUUUUUUAGUCAGGUGCGUCGCGUGCCCAAUUUUACACACUAAAAUUACACACAUAUUGUAUGUGUAUGUGUGUUGUGCUGUUUUUGUUUUGGGAAGGCACCAAAGAACUCUUUCCCACGCUUCCGAAAGUACCGGACACACUCAUCACAAUAUAUUCACCAACAUCAUCAUUACUUGAUACAUUAUUUUCUAAUUUUGCAUUUAACAUUUUAUAGAUAAAAAAUAAAUAUAAAAAUCAAAACCCGCAUUGUCAUUUAAUCGCAUGGACAGCUACUUGCACGAAUCGCCACGAAAGCUUCCAUGUUAAAUGACAAAUUUAAAAGAUAAAAACAUUUAUAUAAAAUAAAUAUAAACAUAUUUUUUAUAUAUUUUAUUUUUUCGUAUAAUCGAAUAUUUAAUUCACGUGAUUGUCGAGAUUUUACUUGUUGUUAAACAUACGUGUUGAAUAAUUUUAGACUAGACAAGACAUCAGUUGUUGAAGAACAAGCUACCUGAAUGCAAAACAAUGUUGCAUAGUAUCACGUCUGUUUGCCCUUACAUAUUCUUAUCGACACUUUUAUUUAUAUUUAUUUUUUUUUUUUUGUUAUCAUAUAUGUACAUAGAGCCGUUGUAUUAUCCUCCGUUUUACAGUCGACAAAUAUUGUCACGCAGUAUAUUCCCAUCACAAUCAACAAUCUAUAAAAUGACCGCACUGAAGCGCCGAUGCAUGUCAAUAUGUCAUUCUGUAUGUCCUGAUGAAAUAAAAAUUUUUAAACAAAAAAAAAAAA